UUUCAUCAAAAUUCAUUUCUUCAACAACCACCUCUCUUUCACCUCUCACCGGAAACCGUCGCCGUUAACUAUCGCCGUCGUUCUUCACCACUGUAUCAAUCGCCAUCAUUUCUCAAGGUCGUCGUUCUCCACCACUGUUUUGAUUUCCCCACCAUCGUCGUUCUUCCAAUCGCCGUUCUUCACCUUCCACCACCAUCGGAACACGAGGUCCAUCGGAAACAACCUCCACCACCGGAAACACUAGCCGCCGUUCUUCAUCAACACAAGGUCGUCAUUCUUCACCACCGGAGACACCGUCGUUCACUACACCAGCUCUUCACCACCACCGUCGUCGCCGUUCACUUCCAACACCGUCGUUCACUUCCAACGCCUUCGUUCACUACAACAUCUUCAACAAACAGCAACAUGUCGAAAUCAAAUCAGGUUAACAAAUCUAACGACGGGGGGCCAAUUCCAAACUUCAGUAUUGGACUUACGCAAUUAGAGCAGGAGCAAGCAUCUGAUGAAGAUAAAGGAAAAAAAAAGGGUAAAAAGAUGGAAAAAAGGGUGAAAAAAACUAAAGAGCUAGAGCCAUUGCCAUCAUUCAGUAUUGGACUAACUCAAAUGGAAGAGGAGGGCAGGAAUGAAGAGGCUAAAAGUUCAGAUGUGGAAAAUGAGGAAAAUGCAAAGCAAAGACUGAGGCAUAAGAUGAGUAUACCUAAGGUAUAUGAUCUUAUGAAUUCAGUAAAUGGCAAACAAAGAAAGGAUGAGAUCAUUAACGUAUUGAAUGAAAGUGGCUUUGGGGGAAUGGUUCAUAUCUGCAACUGGAACAGAGUCCAUACUUUCUUUGUGGAUUGGAUGGUUAAAAACUUUGACAAAGAGAACAUGUGGAUAGCAUUAAGCAAGACCGAGGUACUUCCAUUGAAAGAGGAAGAUGUACAUCGGGUCUAUGAGCUUCCAAUGGUGGGGAAGCAGAUUAACCUUGAUCUCUGCUCUGUGGAAGCAAUUAAGAGAUUGAGGAUAGAAUUAGGGCUGAAUGGAAAUUAUUCUGCUUCUGUAAGGGUGACUAAUUUGGAGAGAAUAUUGAAGACUCAAGAGAAUCCAAAAGCUUGGGUGAAGGGUGCAAUAUGUUUUAUCAUUCACAAAAUUAGGUGUAUGGAAUACUGAAACCAUAAGUAUGGUAUAAUGGUUUUGAUAGUGUUCUAGGUAAAACCAUACUUAUGGUGUAAUGGUUUUGAUCAAAAUUAUUAUUGGU